CCUGUUGCACAAAAGUAGAAUUAAGACAUCCGGGAUAAAUGACUCAGCUGAGCUCAAUGAAGCCAAAACAUGUGCGUCCAGGCUUAAUUGGUUGCACAAAGACCAAGCCAGGAUGAGCAGACACGGAUUCAUUAAGCCAGGUGAAACCAAUCCUGGAUAGGUGCGCGCUCACGGCUCACUCAAAUAGACCCCGCCACAGAUCACAGAUUAACUGAUUUACCAUGGCAACUAGAGCCGCGUACUUUUCCCGGUCGGAAGCACAAAUCCUCAUGGAGGCAUACGAGGAGGUAAAAGAUAUAAUUAAGAAGAAAGGCAACACCGCCACAGUGAUAAAGCAAAGAGAAAAAGCGUGGCAAAGUAUUGCAGACCGCCUGAAUGCAUUAAACAUGAACGGGCCAAAACGGACAUGGCAGCAGGUCAAAAUCAAAUACAAGAACAUUCUGCAGAAUGCAGUGAAAAAGAAUACCCACAGACAAGGCACGGGUGGUGGGUCACCAAAGGCUGACCUUACCCCAGCAGAGGACAUGGUCUUGGAGCUAAAUAAAGGCAGGCCCGUCUUAGAGGGGAUCCCUGGGGGGAAAGAGACGAGCAUAGGUUCCUCCCAAGAUGCCACCCGCUUCAUUCAAGUGUCUGGCAGCCCUGUGUUCCUGUUAGAGCCACCAGCACAAGCACCAGACGAUGCUGAUCCAGGUGAAGGCCCCAGUGCAGCAGCAACAGCACAUGAUGGAGACGAUGAUGAUGAGGAGGAGACCAUCUCUCUGGAUUCCAGAAGGCAUGAGGUAUCAUGGACCCAGAUGCUAUACAGUGGGAAAACAGCCUGGCAACAUAAGCUCACAAGCUAUCAGAAAGUUGUAUGGCAACCACCUCCGGCGCCAAAUAGAACUGGCAGACAUAGACAUUCAGUACAAGAAGAAAAAGAUGGAAAAUCUUGCACUGGAGUCCGAAAUAAAAAAGAGGACAAUUAGGAAACUGGACCUUGAAAUAAAAAAACUUGAGAGGGAGGUGAGAUAUGCCUUCAAUGUACACUGUAUGCUAACUGUAACACAAAUGUAUUAAUCAUUAUUUGUAUUUCCUCCCCCAGCUCCAAGAAGAUGACACAGCUCAAAAUAAAAAUUUGGUAUAUUCUCGUAAAGUCAAGUGAGCCAUGACAUAUGAGCUCUUAUUGUGAGCACACAGGACGGUGGCAUCUUUCUAAGGUUUUUUUAUUUUCCCAGCAAUCAGUACAACCAAGUCAUCGUUAUAAGGCAUCGCCCUCUUUUGCCCACCCCCCCAGCACCAGGUGUGGCCACUAGCCUAUAUGAAGGCCCAAAAUUGUGUGUUCCUUUCUGCUCUGACAAUGGCAUGCCCAUUCGUGCGAGAUGUGGUGGAUGAAGAAGCACUUGUGCUGAGGAGAGCCUUCAGGCGAGAAAGGGUCUUCAGGGACCGGUUGGACCCACUGGCCUUCCCUGACGACCAUCUAUAUGAAAGAUACAGGUUUUCUGCAGAUGGCAUCAGGUAUCUAUGCAGACUACUGGGUCCCAGGAUUAAGCACCGCACUGCACGGAGCCAUGCACUGAGUGUGGAGCAAAUGGUUUGUGUGGCCUUGCGUUUUUUUGCUAGUGGAGCCUUCCUGUACUCAAUGGGGGAUGCAGAACAGCUGAACAAGGCCACAAUUUGCCGCACAAUAAGGAGUGUGUGUCUGGCUAUCAAAGCAUUAGCAGAUGUCUUCAUCUCCUUCCCUGGCCACAGAAGACUCUGUGACAUCAAAGAGGAGUUCUAUAGGAUUGCAGAUGGUCUGCAAUGCUGACUGUGUGAUCAGCAAUGUUGUGGCAAAAUGGCCUGGCUCAGUCCAUGACUCCAGAAUCUUUCGGGCCUCUGAAAUCUAUCAGUGCCUAUCACAAGGUGAAUUCUCUGGUGUGUUGCUGGGAGACAGGGG